GGACAACACCUCUCCCAAAGGUUGACAGUACAGACUCACAUCGUCACUGACGAAUCGUCAGCCGUAAACUACCCAUAUUUUUGUACCUAUUUCUAACAUCAAAACACCAAAAAUGCCGGCGGACAUCGUUACCACGGAGCAGCUGCGCUACCAGCUCGCGUUCAUCCACCGAAUGGACAUGUCCACACGGGGCUGGCUACAACGCUUCUCGUGGUUCCCCAAGAUGCAGGAGUGCCACUACACCAGAAUCGACCAGAUCUACUUGGAAAGUCGCCAACAGUAUGGCGACAAGCACUUCGAGCGCUACGGCCUCCGCCGACGCUUGAGCAAGAAGUUCAUGCCAACGGACGAGGACAUGGGGAGAUCUAGCAAGAGGCCCAGGAGUCUGGAGCUAGAGUUGGGGUUGGCCCAGGGGCCCAAGGUACCGCCCACCGAGAACGGCGAGUACGGUCGGGUUAAGCCCACGGCCAUCCAUUUUUGCUAGGAUGUUGGAGGUGGUCUGGACUCCACUGGAGCCAAGUCUGCGCUCUGGAGCUGGCUCCCUGCCUGCUCCCGAAGCCCCACCACCAGCCCGCACAAUUAUACUAUCAUCGUCCGCUGACAAUGCAACUCUCAAUGGCCGUCACUCACUCAUUACGCGAUUUUUGCAUGACCGUGCGCAUAAUUAACAAGGUGAGAAUGUCAGGCUGCGCCGACAGCGCUCUACUAGAUGGCCGCUCUAGUCCUCCUCCAGCGGGUGUUCACUGUACCAGCGGCUUGCCUACUCCGGAAGGUUCGCACAGGUAAUUAAGUGAUCGCGUCUGUCCACUCGUUGUGAUGACUCGCCUUCUUUUUGUGUGCCAUGCAAGCUCACUUUUUGUACUCAGGUCCAUGAAAAUAGGAAAUAUUCCGCCAGUUAUAAGUGCGGAACAGUAGAACCCGCUCAGAUCGGGAUCGGGCUGAGAUUAAUAAGGCCAUUUCGAUUUUUCAAACAUAGGAUAUAGAUUUACACGCACUUUACACGAAUAUUGAAUAAAUUCUUGAUCUGCAUUUAAA